GCAGGAAGUUUGUCCCAGACGGGUUGCCGUGGUCUAAUAUGGCGCUGCCCACGAACCGGGGAGGAUAAAGGAGAACCGCCACGCAUGGCUGAUUUCAAACGCUGGAAGGAGCAGCGGCUGGCCCGGGCGGACGUGAGCCGGAAAGGCAGCGUAGACGAGCCCAUCGAGGGCAUCGUGCGGCUUCUCAAUAGCCACGACCGCUUCUGCACCACCAGCUCCUGCUCGGGGCGCCUGGUCGUGCUGGAGCAGCCGCCUCUCCCUCCCUCCGCCGAGGCUACAACAGGCUUUGAGAUACAGAAGCAAAAUUGUAGCUGGCUCAUGGUGACCCAUGAGAUUUGUACAAUAGAAAAAGUGCUUACAGCCUUGCAGAGAGCUUCAGAUGAUGCCCUAUUCAAAUUUGAACCAUUUGUACUUCAUGUGCAGUGUCAAGAGCUGCAAGAUGCACAACUUCUGCACAAAGUUGCUAUAGAAGCUGGUUUCAGGAACUCUGGUAUAACUGUUGGCCGAAAAGGAAAAAUUAUGAUGGCUGUGCGAAGCACUCAUUGCUUAGAAGUUCCUCUCAGCCGGAAAGGCAAACUGAUGGUCAGUGAAGAAUAUGUAGAUUUUGUGGUUCAAGUUGCCAAUCAAAAGAUGGAAGAAAACCAGAGGAGAAUUGACAGAUUUUACAGCUCUCUGCAGUUUGCUUUGGAAAACCAAUAUCACUCCAGUAGCUUAUCCUUUGAAGAGAAAGAGAAAAGUAAUGCCAUGCACUACUAUAGAAGAAUAAAGAAAUCUGCCGAAACCCAGAAAGAUGAAUGCCAUUCUCCAGGGAAAAAUUCAGGAUUAGAAAGUGACCAUGAGACAUGAAGCAAUCUUAAUGUGUUUUUAUCAAAAUGUGCUGCAAAUAAGAUACUGUAGUGUGAAUUAGUCAUGUUAUUUUUGUAUUGCUCUUUAUAAGAGCUUGGUGAAUUAUUGUGCUUUAGAAAGUAGCAUAUUCUUAGCCUAGUUUCUAUUGAAUAUUAAAUCAUGAGCAGAGCAAUUAAAUGCCAGAAAAUGUAGAUGAAAAAAUCCCUCAAAAACCCUUUAAUACAGGAGAGAACUUAUUCUUCAGUAUGUACUUUAUUACAGAAUAUGCAAUAUCCCAGACUUACCUAAGAUUUCACCACAAUAAAACUCUGUUUUUGCUCUGUA